CCACGCAUUUGUGGGGUGAAAACAUUCAGAGUGGUUUACACUAGUAUAGAAGAAACUAGUAUUCUACGAAGUUUUUAUUUCACUUCACUGACGGCGAAGAAAGUUGGUGUGCGAAAGUUUGUGGGUCAAUAUUUAUUAAGUAGGGCUUUAUUUUCAAAUUCAACGACGGAAGAUAAUUUCUUCUACAUCAUGGUGAACGUUGGUGUUUCGAGAGUGGUUAUCAUUUGUGUUAUUGCUACCGCUUGUUUCGUUCCUAAAUGUUCAACACUAAGAAGUGGAGCUCCACCUCAGGCAUGUAAAAAUAUGAUUCCGAAACAUGGCGAGUCUCCUCAGAAGUCUCCUUCACCAUAUACACUAUCAGGCGAGAUCAAAUCUGGAUCAAACGGAGAUGUCGUACAAGUUACAAUUUUUGCUUCUGAAGGAGAGAUAUUCAAAGGAUUUUUUGUACAAGCUCGUUUGAAAGAUGAUCCAUCCCAUAUCGUUGAAGGAUCGUUUAUUGAAGAUGAUAUGAGUCGUGUUAUUAAUUGCAAUGCAGCAAAGAGUGCUGUGACUCACAAAAAUACUAAAGAAAAAAGAGAAUUUACAACAACAUGGACGCCUCCUGCCAACUUCAAUGGAGAAGUAAUAUUUAGAGGUACAGUACUGAAAGACUUCAAGACAUUUUGGAUAAAUAUUGAUACUCUACCUCUUUCAAUUGUUGGUCCAUCUCCUCAACCGGUGAGAAAGCCAGUGCCCUCAGUAAACUUGUACAGUGACUGUGAAUCUCAGAAGAAAAGUUGUUUUGGAAUGCCAUCACUUUGCAUCAGAGACAAGAGCUGUAGUGUAAUUCUAAUUUAUAUUUACAGAGAAGGUGAGGUAGAGUUUGAGAUGACUGGUGCUCUAGGAUCUUCUGAUAAAUACAUUGCUGUUGGUAUGUCGGAAGAUAACAAAAUGGGUGAGGAUAGUGUAACUGAAUGUGUGUUGUUAAAUGAGAAGGUCAUUAUUCGUCAGAGUUGGAACAUCCCCUCGACCUAUAACAAUGAAAUUUUGAAGGAACCUAUGGGGAUUUAUAAUCAAUCAGGAUAUUAUGUGGAUGGUGUGAUGACCUGCCGCUGGAAAAGUAAAGCUCUUACUACAAUGAGAAACACUGUUCACAACAUUGUAAACCAAAAUUACCAUCUACUUUUAGCCAAAGGACCUGCAAGUUCUGAUGGUGUUAAACGCAAACACAGUGAAAGAGCUGUUUCAGAUAACCCAGUAAACCUGACAUUGGUAUCAGUGGUGGCUGGUGCCAAGGUGCCACUUUUCAUCAAACUGCAUGGAAGCUUGAUGGUUGCAGCUUGGAUUGGAUUUGCAAGUCUUGCAAUUCUCAUGGCUAGGCAUUAUAAACAAGUAUGGCAAGCAAACACACUAUGUACUGUGAAAAUUUGGUUUGCUAUUCAUCGAUUUUUGAUGUUGUUGAGUUUAUCCUUAAUGAUUGCUGGGUUUGUACUUAUUUUCCUUCAUGUGGAAGGUUGGAGUCAGGUUAAACCUAACCCCCAUCCUAUACUAGGUUGUGUGGCCACAGGACUGGCAUUGCUUCAGCCAAUCAUGGCUAUGUUGCGUCCAAAACCCGAUGCCAGAAAAAGGCCUAUCUUCAAUUGGCUUCACUGGUUUGUUGGAAAUGCUGCAAAAAUUGUAGCAGUUUUGACAAUAUUCUUUGCGGUGUCACUCCAAGCAGCUAAUCUUCCUUAUGCCUACUACUGGAUCCUAGUGGGCUAUGUUGCCUUUUACUUCCUAUUCCAUCUACUCAUGCAGCUUCAUGCUUGCAUCAUGGAUAGAAAAAGAGGAACAGAGAUUGGUAUGCAAGAGUUAAAUGGAGAGGAGAGAGACAGCCCUAAAGAUGCUCCAGGGAGCAACUUCCGUCGUUUCAUGCUAGGGAUCUACAUCGUCAUCGUGGCUGGGCUGGUGACAGCCUUGGUAUUGCUCAUUUGGUUGUGAAGUCACACAAGUAUUUAUCUUGUAAUAUUGUUUUAAUAUGUACACUCUGCUUGUAAAAAGGGUGCAUUUCUAUGAUGUAAUCAGUUAAUUAAUUACUGCAAUAUUAUUUGUAACUCUAAGUUUGAUAGGGAUCACCACUGUACAAAGACGGAGAACAUUGUGGUUGAAGUAUAAUAAAGAACUAUUACUUCAUAGUUAAGAACUUAGAAUAUCUGAAUCUUAAUCUUGUUUUUAUAGUUUAAUAUUUUUACUUCAUACAAAUUAGCCUGUAAAAUACAAUAAUGAUUUUAAUGAUUAUUGAAGGCUGAGUUUGGGCUUAACUUUUUCAGCUAUAGUUACACUUAGGCAAGUAAGAUCAUUUUGUAAAUGGUGAGCAACUUAGUUAGGACUCAAAGGGUUGCAAGAAACUUAAACACUUACUUUUAGG